AUUCAGAUCGUCAUCGGAGCCUUUGCUUUGACUAUUGCCGACUGACCCUCCCUUCGCCAUCUUCUUCGUUCCCUCUCUCCUUUGUCGGACAAUUUAGAACGAGGCAGUGGACGGUCAUUGUCACUCAACAAGCUUGCCGACUCUCUCGUGAGCAUCUUUGUGCGACCCUCGCGAGCAGGGUUUGAACGAGCCGCCUCCGAGCGACGUUGAAAGAGAGCGCGAGAGGCGAGAGCGCACCGCUCAUCACUUCGUGGAGGUACGACGCAAGAAUGGCUGCUGCUACGCCGCCAGUGGCGCCGCUCAGCUCUGGAAAUAAUCAGGUUGAUGUGUCAGAAGCUGUCUAUUCGUUUCGCCUCUUGGAGGCUCUUCGCAGUGGCGAUCAAACGUCACUGCACCCUUUCUUGUCAAAAGUCAACCAGACCAAGGGUACUUCAGUGAAGGAACUCACAAGUCCCUUGCAUCUCGCUGUGCGCUGUGCUGAAUACAAUACCAUCGAGCUGUGCCUUGACUACAAGACCGUCGAUGUCAACGCUCAGGAGUUGCAGAGUGGCAACACUGCCCUUCACCUCGCCUCCUCGAUUGGCCGGGCGGACGUGGUGAACUUGCUCCUCUCCCAAGACGACAUUGACGACACGAAGAGAAAUCACGACGGGAGAGACGCCCUCGACGUUGCAUUGUCGCCGGAAAUCGCCCAGGUCAUCCAGGUCUCAAGAGCCAAGAUCAACCUCGAAUUCCUGGAACUUCUCGAAAGAUGGGAGAAGGACUCGCCCGAUUCGGACGCGGCGCUGCGAGCCCUGCUGGAGAAACCAAGGAUCGGUGUGGUCGACCUCAACGCCAAGACAAGGUCGGGUGGAACGACGCUGCUCCACGAGGCUGUUCGACGAAAAGAUACUGCCCUCAUCGAGAUGGCGGUGCGCAAGGGCGCAGACGUAUUUGGGAGAAACAGGCGAGGAAAGAGGGUACUGGAGAGCACAAAGGACGAGAAGAUCAAGGCUCUGCUGCAGCAGCUCUCUAAUGCAGACGCCGCCAUGGCCGCCUCUGCCCACCAGCCUGGCCUUCCGCCGACCUUUCGGGGCUACCUGGCCAAGUGGACCAAUAUUGCUGGAGGCUACAAGACUCGCUGGUUUGUUCUCGAAAAUGGCUACCUGUCCUACUAUACCACCCAAGACGAAGAGGGCAAGCAGUCGAGGGGCUCCACCAACCUACGAUUUGCCAAGAUUCGCGCCGACGCCAACGACAAGCAUCGCUUCGAGGUCAUCGCUGAUUCUGGUGCCUCCAAAACUGCUCACAAGCUCUACCUCCGGGGCUCCCACCCCGUCGAGAGGGCACGGUGGGUGCAAGUGCUCCAGCAGACGGUCGAAUCGUUUGAUUUGGACCGAACCACGUCGAGAGCAGAGAGUGUUCGAAGCCUGCAGCGUGCAGAGACACAGAGCAACAUCCUCGAUCCUUCGCUCAAUACAUCAUCGACCCUCUUGAGCGGGCCCACUUCGGUACCCUCGCGUACAAACACACCGUUCCGCGUGAAGACGCCCAGCAUCAAGGGCAGCGCUCUCGGUAGGACAAUUUCGGGAAUGAGCAGCAGUUUCAAACCCGGUACAUCGGCGCGAUCGAGCGAUGCAAACCCGGCGCCCAUGGGUAGCAUCGCUCAGACACCAAGCAUCAUGAGCAGGGACAGCCGUACGCCGAGCGACGAACAACUCUUUGAACAAUCGGGCGAAUAUUUAGACCAACCCAAAGGGUCGCCCAAUCGCAUACCUCAUGAGAGCGAAUUUGCCCUCAUAGCCAACUCUUUGCGCACCCAGGUCGACCUCAGCCACCAGCUGGCGCAGUCGCUUUCGAGCAGCAGCGUCACCACCGCGCCAGCGACGUCGACCGAUUUGAACGCGUCGGGCAAAUCACCGUCGCUGUCAUCCAAGGCACCGCCUCUCACAACGUCGUCACCCGAAGGCAUUCGACAGACCCUGCAGGACUCGCUGCAGAACAGCUCCACACUCCUCAGCAGGUACCAGGAAAUCGUGGCGAAUCGCGAGGCAUAUCUCACCAGACGAUAUGAGCAAGAAAUCCAGGCUAAGCAUCUCUGGGAGGAGAACAUGAAGACGCUUGCCCAGCAGCAUGCGGAGAUGGAGUCUCAGCUCCGCGAAGCGGCUCAGGAGAAUGCCAGGAAGCGAAAGGCGCUCCGAGAGGUACGCGAAAACUUUGGUUCUUCGCCUGGCGCUGCCCUGACCAGCCCGGCACCGGCCGUGGCCUCGCCUGUACCGGUCCGCGGUGCUUUUACACCCAGGACCAAUGAGGCAUUCGAGACACCGACUGCUUCGCUCUCCGCUCGUCGAUCCGAGCCCAGGCCGCACGCAACGCUCGAUCCUCCGCUUCCCCCACCGAUCACGGGCACUGUCUCGAGCAUCAACACCAUCACUGCUGACAGUCUCCUAGCGGAUGGCGAUGCUGACGAUGGCGAUGAGUUCUUCGACGCCGUCGAGAGCGGCAACCUCCCCGGUCUCAAAAUCGAAGACUCAGUCGAAAGGAGUCGGGAAGGUCUCACUCCCGCUCUCAGCGGGGACGCGCCCAAGGCCACAGACAAUCAGGUCGAUGACAAGGCCCUGGAGCCUUACCGGAAACUGAGACACGAGAUGCCCAUCGACAAGGACAAUCGACCCUCGGUUUCGCUCUGGUCGAUCCUCAAAAACAACAUUGGCAAGGAUUUGACCAAGAUUUCAUUUCCCGUCAGCCUCAACGAGCCCACGAGCAUGCUCCAGCGUAUGGCAGAAGACAUGACCUAUGCCUCGCUUCUCGACACGGCUGUUCGACAAAAGAGCUCCACUUUGCGCAUCGCCUUUGUGGCUGCCUUUGCCUGCUCAAACUACGUCACGACGCUGGGCAGGGUGGCCAAGCCCUUCAACCCACUGUUGGGUGAGACAUUCGAAUUUGCAAGCCUCGAGGAAUGCAAGUAUCGCUACCAGUCGGAGCAGGUGUCGCACCACCCGCCCAUUUCGGCCUGUAUCGCCGAAUCACUCGAAGGCGAGCCCAACGGACCCAGCAACUGGGAGUACGCUGGCUGCGUACAGGCACAGAGCAAAUUCUUGGGUAGAAGUUUCGAGAUUCGACCCACGGGUAUGGCCCACGUUCGUCUUCGCGUUGGCGGCAAGGUGGAACACUACUCUUUCAAAAAGGUUACGACGAGUGUCUCUGGCUUUGUCACCGGAUCGCCUUCGAUCGACCACUAUGGAGACAUGGUGGUCAAGUGCCACACCACGGGUGACGAGUGCACAAUGACUUUCAAGCCUCGCGGGUGGAGAUCCAGUGUGGCGCACGAGCUCAAGGGAGUCGUCCACUCGGGUAUCGACGGCAGCCUCGCAUGGGAGAUUGCUGGCCGUUGGUCUAAUCAGAUUGUUGCGCGAAAGGUCAGCACCGUGGGAGGCGACACUCUCGAUCCGGAUCGCAACGUCGACUCACUCAGUACCGACCCGAGUCGCACCGCCAAUGGGUCUAUCGACUCGGCCCUGCCCGAGCUCGUAUUGCUGUGGAAGUACCACACCCACGCACUCGGACCAUUCAACCUGACGCCCUACGCUGUCAUGCUCAACGACUUGCCCGCAGGUCUGCAUGACUGGCUUCCUUCGACAGACUGCCGACUACGACCAGAUCUGAGGUUAUUUGAGACGGGCCGCUUCGAUGAGGCCGAUGUCAUGAAGCGCAAUCUCGAGGAACUCCAGCGGGCGACGCGAAAGGAGCGAGAGUCUGGUCAGAAGCCCCCCCACAAGCCAAGAUGGUUCAGCAAGGUCAUCGAGCCCGAUACUCAGGCGGACUAUUGGGAGCCGCGGCGCACUUCGCCGGAUGGAUCCGUUGGCAUUCCAGAGUACUGGUCUGCAAGAAGCCAGCAGGAUUGGGCCGGCGUCGAUUCAAUCUUUGGCGAAUACACUGCCUGAUUGCGGUGCUCCCUCCCUCUCUCUCUUUCUCUCUUUACAUUACAUUAUUCACCUUUUCUCAAGUUACCACACUCUUCGCUCUCUGCUCUUCACCCUCGCUCUCCUUUAAUUCUGCUGUUCUCUUCCUUCUUUACCCCUUUGCUGUUGGAAUCAAGGACGAAGAAUGAAAUUGCCUCCGCCAAG